UGAAGUCUGUUGGUGUCCUCUUUCACACACACUCUUUGUGUGAUGAGCACUGGACACCUCGGUGUAAAUGAAACACUCCAGCUGCUGGUGGCGUGCUUUGGAUACAUAACGAGUCCCUGCCACUUGGAGGGAUUGCUUUAAAGUUGUCAGAAGAGACAGGACAGUGGACAAGUAGCUAAUUAUAAAAUGUACGGGCGAAGGAAUGAAGACUAAAGGCAGUCAUCAUAUCAUGAUUAACAGAAAUACAGACCAUGUUACCUAAUUUGAAGUAGCGUCAAAUUCAUUUUCAUUCACAUCUCAAUAAGAUAAGUUGACCUGAUAUCAAAUACAUCAUUCUAUCAAUAGUUUAAAUUUAAACAGCAGCAUAAACUCUAUGAACCGGGGUAUUUAUUCUAGGUGACAUGUGAUUACAGCAACUGUACAGUCUGAACCAACAAAAUCAUUACUUUGACCUAAAUGUUUGUGUCGUGCGGAACCUAUCAGACUUUUAUCCACGUGUUUCUAAUCGGACAUAGUUACAUGACUAGUUCCUCAAUACCAGAAGCCGGAAGUACUGCAGGGUAAACUCACGUGUGCGAUAUGAAGAAUAAUAUAAAACAACACAAUGUGUCCAAAAAGAGUAAAUUUAAGCCCGGGUCCAAGAAAAGAGAAAACAAAUGCAUCGUUUCGUUUGACGACAAGGACAGAGAGGACUAUCUAACGGGUUUCCAUAAAAGAAAGGUGGAAAGGAGGAAAGCAGCAGUGGCAGAAAUUCGAAAGAAAAUCAAGGAAGAGCAGAUCAGAGUCCGAGUAGAAAGACAUAAGGAAUACACAAGGCUGCUGAAGGAGAGGACGGACGCUCUCGAGGAGGCUGAAGACGAUCUGGAAGAUGUGAUAACCGCUACAACGGAGUCUGUGCAGUACGAUCACCCCAACCACACCGUCACCGUCACAACCAUCAGUGAACUUGACCUCACAGGGGCUCACCUGCUCAGACCCGCCGCAAACCAGGAUAACGGGGAGUGCAAGGACGAAGAGAAGGGGAAAGAACAGCAGGAAGAAACAGCUGCGAUGCCUAGAAAAUCCGGGAAUCCAAUCAUGAACAAAAAGAUCCGCUCCCUAACGUCGUCCCUCAGCAGUUUCACCUGCAAGAAGAGGAAAGGGAAGCAGGAAGGCCGAGGUGGCCGAGGCGGCCGUCAGACAGACAAGAAACAGACCGCCACAGAGAGUAAAAGUAGAGGCGGGAGGACCACCAAGUGGCAGAGACGUCGACUGACUGGGAAAAAGGUGCAUCAUCGCUCCAGUGUUUGAGCAAGACGUGUAUACGCUGCGAGUGUAAAAUAAACUCAAGCUGAUGUGGACGCUCUGUCCGCAUCGUGUUGGACCGUCUAUCUCAGUAUUUCCAGUGUACCUGCCUCUUAAAAACAACUUGUGCUCAAACUGUUUUUUGUAGUGUUUAUUGCUUAAUCGUAUACAAACUGAAGUGUAUUUACUUUAAUUUUCAUUAAAUAAAACAUAAAUCUUGC